UUGACGCGCAUCGUCAGCCGUGUUUUGUUAGCCGUGCGCGCCCAGAGUGUGCGCUACACUUGUGUGUAUCCGCCCGGUCCCAAAAUGCGUUGAAACAAAGGCUGCGUUGUGUGAAAAGUGUUUUGUAAAGUAGUGAGCAGUGAAUGCAAGGUAUUAAAACAGUUAUUUCAUAAUCGCAAUAGCAACUACUAUUAUUGUUGUUAUAACAAAAGGUGGCAAAAGGAAGAAGAAUACAAAACAAGAAACAAAAAAUAGCAAGCAGGCGGCCAUAAAUACAUAAUAAUACAAAUAAAAAGGAAAAAACAAAAGCAAGAGCAAGAGCAAGAGGCCGACAAUACAGUAAUAAUAAUAACAACAAUUAAAUAAAAUGCGAAAUCAUAAAGAAAGCGGAAAUCGCCAGCAAUUCGUUCGCAUGCAAGGGCCAGCUAUGGAGGCAAUGGCACUCGAAACGUCAGCGACAACCUCAAAAUCGGCUAUAGCAGCAACAACAGCAGCAGCAGCAGUAGCAGCAGCAGCAGCCACAAUAGCAACAACAAGAAUAUCACCCAUAAUGGCGACAUCAAUGAUGCCCAACGCACUUGAGGCAAAUGCAACAAAAACUCUGCCUGUUAAAGUGGAGCCCACAACAGCCGCAACAAUCGCAACAACAGCAACUGUUGCCACAAGCAUGCUGGACAACAAUAAUGACAAUACCAAUGGCAACAGCAACAGCAUCAGCAACAGCCACAGCAAAACCAACAACAACAAUAAUAUUAACAAUAACAUGGCAACAUUGCAGGCUGACAAAGCAACAAAACUCAUGCCACUGCCACACAAAUCCUCCACAAUUUCCGCUGCCAAGGAUAACAACGGCAACCAAAACAGCAACAGCAACAACAACGCACUCGCCUACUUGCCACCACGCCGCCAUCAAUUCACGCCCAUGUCCGAUGCGAGCAAUGCGAGCUUCAGUUCCGCAUCGGUCGCCGGUUCCAUACAGGAUGACAUACACGAUCAGUGCGGACUGACGCAGGCCGGUCUUGAGGAAUACAAUAUACGCGCCUCGUCCUAUUACGAUCAGACGUUCCAUCAUCAGAAGCAGGCUUCGUACGCACAGUCCGAAGGCUAUCACAGUUAUGUGUCCAGUUCUGAUUCGACGUCGACGACGCCAUUCUUGGACAAAUUACGUCAGGAGAGCGACCUGUUGUCACGGCAGUCGCAUCAUUGGUCCGAGAACGAUCUCUCAUCAGUUUGCAGCAACUCCGUCGCACCCUCGCCCAUACCGCUGCUGAGCAGUCUGAAUGGACGGGAUACGAAUAGUCUUCAUCAUAACCACACGAGCCCGAUCAACCACAACAGUUCCGAGAGCACCUCAUCGACAGAGACUCUCAAAUGUUUGGGCUCAAUGAGUGAUGUGUCGGAAGCGAGUCAUGUCACCGGCUACAGUGCAAUCGCCGAAUCAGUCUCGUCCUCGCAACUAAUUGUGCACAGCUCGCGUGUACUGACGCCGAAGCGACACCACAGCGAGAGUGUGCUUUACCUCCACGACAACGACACGGCGCCUGGCGACAAUGUUGUAGCAACAAUGAUAGGGAAGCACGCGUCACAGAACUCAGACGAUGGUGGCAAUAGCAGUAGUGGCCAGCCACUGGCCAUGCGCGCCCAGCAUCGUCACAGUCCCAGCUAUCCGCCUGUGCACACAAGUAUGGUGCUGCACCACUUUCAGGCCUCGCAUCAGCCGCAAUCGCACAAGCUGACGCAGCUGAAGCGUCUCGAUGCCACACAAAGUUCCUUACCAGACAUUCAGCAUUCGAAUGCCGAAAGUCGCCUAACUCUGGGCCAGUCACAAUCAACGGGUGAUCUGCAACAGCAACAGCAGCAGCAGCAACAGCAACAGCAGUCGCAGUCGCAGCAACGAGCGUCGCAGAUACAGCAGCAGCAGCAGCAGCAGCACAAAUCAAGCAUUUCAGUAACUAUAUCAAGCAGUGAGGCGGUGGUAACCAUAGCACCACAGCCACCACCCAGUAAGCCGCAGCUAAGCAAGACGGAAGCUUUUAGCUGCAGUGCGCCAAAUGUGGCCAGCGUGGUGGAGACGCAGAGCCAGCCGUCUAAUGGCAACACGGACUCCUACCGCAGCAACCAUCGACUCUUUCCCGUCAGCACCUAUACCGAACCGGUGCACAACAACACCUCACAGUAUGUGCUGCAUCCGAAGCCGCAGUACAGUGCCGGACUGCCCAAGUCCUCAAAGCUGCCACAAACCAAAUUACCUGUGAUAACGCCCGCGGGCGCCGCUGUUCAGCCCACUUGGCACUCGGUGGCGGAACGCAUCAAUGACUUCGAGCGCAGCAGUGUUGGGGAUCUGUCCACUCCACCAGUAACGCCACCUGCGCAAAAAUAUAGCUAUUUGGAGCCCAGUAAGACGCAUCGCCUGUCAAAUCCUGCGCUGAAAGCGCUGCAAAAAAAUGCCGUGCAGUCCUACUUCGAACGGCAGCAGCACCAGCAGCAACAGCAAAAGGACAUUCUGCUCACAACAGCCGAGCAGCAGCUCUUGCGUAAUCACUCUUACCAAUCCCUGCAUGCUACUCGAGACAGUCUCGAGCACCACCAGCAACAGCAGCAGGCGUUGCGCAAGUCUUUGCCCAAUAACCUAGGCCCAAUGUUGGGUAUACCCACUACGGCGAGCUCACCCACGCAGCUGACACGCCUAGAUUGUAGCCUUAAGCCGCCGGUGCACGCUAAACCUCCGUCGCCGGCACCACCGCCGCCUCCACCCCGCUCCCGCUCGCUGCUUCCCAAUCUGCUGCGCCGCUCCUCAUCUGCCUCAGACUAUGCCGAGUUCCGUGAUCAAUAUCAACGUGCCUCACAGGACAAACUGCAGCAGCCAGCCAUCAAAAAUGUUGGAAGCGCCGAGAAACAGUCGUUCAACGAUUGCGGCAUGCCACCACCGCCGCCACCGCCACGUGGUCGUGUAAGUUUACCGACGCGCCGUACCUCAUCGGCCUCCGAAUAUGCGCCCAUGCGUGAGAAGAUGUUGCUGCAGCAUGUGGCGGCUCUGGCACACCAGCAACAUCAUCCGCAACAACAUGCUCAAGUCACGCGACAUGCCGCCUACUACCAGCAACCCCCACCUGUGGUUCCGGCAACCAGUAACUGGGUGCCUGAGCGGCCACCUAAGAAUCCCAACUUGCGCGUGCCAUCACCAGAAUUGCCACCGCCACCCACCAGCAAUGAACUGGAUACUAGCUACACCUUUGACGAGCCGCUGCCACCACCCCCACCACCAGAAGUGCUGCAGCCGAAGCCGCCCCCAUCUCCUAAUAGACGCAACAGUUUUGCAGGCGCUUCAACGCGUCGCUCCAACUACACACGUAACACAUCCUCGCCGGCGGAAGCACAGGCACCCGCACACUUGCCUAAGGUACCGCCUCUGGUGCCCAAGAAGCCGACCACUUUGCUACAGUCCUCGCGAAACUCGGCGCAGCCGCAAACCAACAAGGUGGCGCACAAACUGCUGCUCAAUGGCAGUAACGCCAAAUCGAUAACACCCACUAAAAACAUAACGAACAGUCGCAAGCGACCACACAAUCCGCCUCCCAUAAUGGAGCAUUCUCAGCUGGAGAAGAGCGGCGGUAGUGGCGGAGUAUUUUCGCCGCCACCAUUGCUGCCACGCGCUCGUCCCACGGCCGACAUUGUCAUCGCUAACAAUCUGGAGAGCAAUCAGCAGAAGCGAUCUAACUCCAAGGCAUCGUAUUUGCCCAGACAAAGCCUCGAGAAGCUCAACAACACGGAUCCAGAUCAUGGCAUAUAUAAGCUAACACUCACUUCAAAUGAGGAUCUGGUGGCACACAACAAGCCCAGCUAUGAGCUCCUACCCAGUGUGGGGGGUGGUGGCAAGUUGCCAAAUAAUUUGCCGGAUGUUCUGCCACUUGGAGUGAAGCUGCAACAGCAGCCAAAGCCAUUGCCCGGACAAGCCGGCUCACCCAAUGGACUGGUCAACGAAGUGCCGCUACGCUACGGUUCCAACAACAACCUCGCAACGAACUCGCCCACUAAUGCCACGCCCUACACGAUGAUCUACACAACAGCAGCCGCAUCGGCUUCCCAGCAUCAGAGGUACUCGUCGCCGGCACUAAGCGACUACAAGAGAAAGACGCCAUUUGGCCAUCUCCAGCACUACACACGAUCUCAGUCGUAUGACUUGAACCAGUCGGCGGGAAUCCCAAACAACAACCCCACUCAGUUCAUGUCCCAGUCACAUGUUGAUCUUAAGCAAACCGCCUAUGACCUCGAGACCACGCUGGAGGAGGUGCUGCCCGUUGUAUCGGAAACACCACCACGUCUCUCGCCCGCCCACUCCGACUGCAGUCUCAGUAGCGGCGGCGGUGGCGGAGGCAGUUCGCUAGACAGCUCUCCAGCUAGUGUUGAGCCACAUAUUUUCCGUGCUGAGCUGAUCAGCACAACACUGAGCACGCCACCUAAGCCGACGAUGAACCGCCAGGAAUCCUUGCGUGAGAACAUUGAAAAGAUUACACAGCUGCAGUCAAAACUAAUGUCGGCCCACCUAUGUGACUCUGGCAUACUCGGAGGCAGUUAUACAUCUGCGAAACAAGCUAAUCCCACCCCUCUGCAACCUUCCACAGUGGAACAUAUGGAGAAAUGCCUCAAAGACGAAUCCGCCGUUUCCCCUGGUGAAUUCUGUGAAGGUGCCGAGCCGAGCAACAACAAAAAUGAAGAGCUCAGCCCUCCUGUUACGCCCCUUUUGCAAAUGGAUGCAUCAACCGAUGGUCUGAAACUGGUGCAACGCAGCGAGAUUGUAUUGCGUGUCAAUCCCCCCAGCACUUGCGAAAUUGCCUGCCAGACGGACGAGCUACCGGACUUUGAUCUCGGACGUCUAUCACUGCACAACAACGUCCGCGACGAGCAGCAAACGCGCACCACCUUGCAGCCCCGUCAGCGUCAAACCAUCGAAGUCGACUACGAUAAUUUGGCCAAUGAGCUGCUACAGCUGCUCGCGCCCAACGACAAGCUCAUCGAAAUACUUACACCAAAAAUUUACAAGCCCACCACAGAGUACGUCAGCAAUCUGUAUAAUCCAAAUGUUCCGCUCCGACCUACGAAACGGGAUGUGGGCACCUCAACUCUGAUGCGCAUGAAGACAUCGACAACGUCGCCAACAACAGCGAUGUCAGAAAGCAAACUUAUUACAGUGGAGCUACAAUUGACGGACUUAGAUAGCGUGUUGCUGAAUGGCGCCUGUGACCCCGAAUGCACGAAUUUAAUCAAACAGAAACUGGAUGAGCUCAUAAAGCAAUUGAACCAAAAAAUUGCCGCCCUAAAGCGUGAGAAACAAACCAUAUCCGAGGAAUGUGGCGUCAAUGAAAAGGUGGGCACAGAUCUGCUGGCCAAACUCACGGAAAAGGUACGUCCCAGCGAAGCCUCCAAGUUCCGCACCUACAUCGAUGAUGUGGGCCACAUAACCAGUCUAUUGCUGUCGCUAUCAGAGCGUCUGGCUCAAACGGAGUGCAACUUAGAGUCGCGUGCCGCAUCGGGAUACAGCAGUGAACAAGAAAAGAUUACACUGGAAGCGAAACGUGAUCUUCUCUACGAGCAGCUCGAGGAGGCCAAGCGUUUGAAGGCUGAUAUCGAUCGACGUGGCAGCAGCAUCGCAACCCUCUUUGGCAAACAUCUCAGCGCCGAUGAGUGUGCCGACUACGAUUACUUUAUCAACAUGAAGGCCAAACUUAUUGCCGACGCCCGCGACCUGGCCGAUAAGAUCAAAUGCAGUGAAGAGCAGCUGGGCGCGCUCAGAGACGCGCUCGUCCAAAGCGAUUGCUAGUCUGGGUGCCCGAACACCGUUAAAUCCGCUGAAUUUUCCGUGCUGUCAACUUUAAGUUGAGAGCUGUGCGUGAGAAUUGGCGAUUGUCUGUUCUGGACAUUAGUCUGCAUUUCAUUCGCUCCAGAUUCGGCCCCAGAUGCGCUGAUUACUUUCGAAAUCUGUAAGCACGUGGAGCGUGUCACUCUAUUGGCGACGGCUUAGGUGUGUAGUAAACCAAUCGAUGUGCUUGAAUACAACCACUUAAUGUAUAAUAAAAAUGUAUGUUCAUUUGUGAUUUUCAACUAGCUUGUAGGCAAACCUAUGUAUCAACAUAUACUAGUAUCUGUAAGCAUUUUUAUAUAAUUGUCAAAGCAAAGAUAAAUAUAUCCAUAAAUAAAUAUAAAACUAUUCUGAAUAAA